CAAAACAAACAAAAUUCGGGAUGGACUUUGACGAUUGCUCGAUAAUUGAUGAAAAAUCUACCCAAAUUCACGAUGAAAAGUCUUUAAUUGAAGCAGUUUGGAGAGAUAAAACAAGAAAAUCCACAAAACUCUUGGCAAAUUACAUCAGGAAUUUGAAAAACCGAACUGAUAUUCUACCGGCGACGAUUCUAAAUCAAAUGAAAAAUGACGAUUCACUGAAAUUUACCAACAAAACUGCUAAUUUAGAAGAAAUUCUUGAUUUAUUAUUGAUUGCAACACCAUUUGACGAUCGCUUCACCGCUGAAUUCCUUUUAGAAGUCGAAAAAUCUUCGGAAAAUCUCGAUCAAGAGAAGUUACAAAAUCUUUUCGAUAAAUUAUGGAACCAAGCGGCAAAGGAAAAAUGCUCUCCUCAGUUAAUCUCGCAACUAAUACGACUAAACUUUGCGGAAAUUCGACAAAAACUUGACAAAAUUGCCGUAGAAAGCGAUAAUGAGGGAUGGGAUUUAAUCAGAUUCAUCGAUGGAUACUCACAAAUCUACGAAAUAUGCAUUAAUGACAGUAGUGGAGAAUUUUUUAGGGAAGUCCUCAAAUAUUUCAUUGAAAAAGCUGAGGAAAAAAAGUUUUGCCGAACAGUUACCGCAGAAAUCAGCGAUUUUCUCAUAAGUGACGUGAAAUACAAACUCGGGGAUGAGAAAUUUUUUAAGUUACUUCCUGACAAUAUUCAAUUUUACAUCAAAAUAUUGAAUUUGAGCACCAGAGAUUGCGCUGAAAGUCUCUUACAAGACAUUUUGAAGAAAAAUCCAGAAGAAUUUUUGACUGUUACCAUUGUAUUAUCUCAAUAUUCGUAUUUAAUAGAGAAAUUGUAUCCAUAAAAAACAAGAAAUUUAAUUUUUCAACGGCUUCAUUCACUUGACAACUCGAAUCGCGGUCGGAAAGUGGAACAAAAACGUCAAAUAUCAACCGCCAUUCAAUUUUUGUUCUCUCUUUGGAUGUUUUUGUCCAUUUAAUUCGUCAAUUUUCUGUUAAAAAUAUAAAAUAUUUGCAAAAAUGAACACCGAAAGUGAAUUCUAUGCCUGGAUCGAGCGAAUGGGCAUCCCAGAUCAAUUUGUCCCGAACAAAAACAACAUAAAAUUAUUAUUGAGCAAAAACAACUUGAUAUUCGAUGAUAUUAUGAGUCGAGUGCGACCGCGACAAGAUGCCAUCAGGAUCCGGGAUCAGCUAAAGGUGCAUCAUCAUGCGCGACUCAAAGCGAAUAAAGGUCAGAUGCCUCCGCAAUUCAAAUUAUACAAAGAAAUUAAAGCUGCUAAUGAAGAAUGCAAGAAAUUGGAAGCUGGAUUCGCAAAAACAGCAAAAAGUUUCAGCGAAAGACACGCAAAAGUGAAUGAAAUUGAGAUGGAUCUCAUGCGAGCUGAGGAAAAAGCAGAUUUGGCAAACGCCAAAAAUAUUUUGCUCCAAAUGAAACUCGAGGAUUUGAAGAAUAAAUUGUCGAAGGAACGUGCCAAGCAAGAAGAUAUCCUGAAAGCGUUCUCCCCGGGCUCGAAACCAACGAAAAAUGAAUGUGCGAUCAUCAAACCUUUUGUUAUCGAGAAAAUUUUACGUGAUUGUCACGCAGUUCUCGAUGAAUUUUAUUCGCGAUCCCUCAACGAAACGGACUCUGAAGCAGCCCAAACUCAAAUUUGGUCAUCGAUGCGAGAUUUAAUUGAUCCCGUGCCUCGUAUCGUCUUGUGGCGCGCCCUAAUUUCGUGUCAGGACAAAUUAAUUAACGAAAUGCGAGCAAUAACGGAUGAAAUGAAGUCGCGACAAGCAUCGCUGAAGCCAAAAAAUAAACGAGAAGCAGUCGAAGCGACAUUGGAUUAUGCCAUCACCUUCAUCAACGGCAAGGAAUUACUCACAAAAUUGAAAAUAAAGAAAGAACUGAAGCCCAAAGUUGAUGCAUUGACAUCCGGUAACGACGAAGUCUUGGAGUCGCUGGCUUGUUGUGUCGAUGAAAACCUCGUCGGUGAUUUAAAUAAUUCCGAUAAUCAACAGUUGAUCGAACAAUUUGUCCUUACAAUGGCCAAGCAUAUGGUGCUGGAUGCCGAUUUGAAAUAUAUUGACAAAGUUUCCGAUGACAUUCGUGAGAAACAUACGAAAAUCCAGGAGCAAAUCGAUUAUCAAGGCACGAAAAUGAUGACGGAAGAAACGCAUCGGCUGUACAACCAGCUGGAGUCGUUGGUGCAAGAUUUGGAAGGUGAAGUCACGAAAAUCUAUCAAGUUAAGAACAAAUUAGAGAACGAGAGGAAAUUCAACGAAGAUUUUGUUCGAAAUAAGUUCAAGUUAAACACAACAGUAAUGGGAUCAACAAAUGUCACGAGUAAUUUUGCACCUGGAACGACGACCGUGAUGAAUCUUUCGAUGCAAUACAACAACGAACUCGAAUUACUGGAACAACUUCCGAUAGAAAAACUCAAAUAUCAGUCUCCCGUGUUCCAGAGUUUGGUCAAUUCGUAUCCCUUUAUAUUGGCUUUAAAUGUGGAUCCUCAUCAAGUUGCUACUUUGUUCAGUAGUUCUUGGAGUAUUAAUGAGCUCCAAGACCAUGUGAAGAAACAAGCAAAGUUCAAAAAUGACGUUGAACGUCUUAAAAAACCUCUGGAUGUGGGAUUCAAACCAAACACAAUAUCAGAAACCGAACUAACGGAUCGUUUGAAUCAAAAUUACGAAGCAAUCACUGAAUUAAUCGAUAAAAUAGCCUUUUAUUACGGUGCUACGAAAGAGAGUAUUGCCACUUGCGAAGAAUUGAUGGACUUUGUGAAACAAAAUCCUCUAAAAAAGCUCGUUCCAGCGUCAAUUUUGUUCAAUGGACGUCCCUACAGCGAUUACGAGAAUGAAUUUAGCAUGUACUAUCAUUCCUUAAUUAAUCGUCAAAAAGAAUAAUUGUUCCUUACAACUCUAUUCUAAUAAAUUCUUUCAUUUUUACAUUAAAAACACGUUUAAAAAUCAAUUUUCUUCAUCAUCAAACAGUCCCGGUUGCGUCCACAUAUCGUGACUAACUGGGUCUCGGUUUCCUAUUCGUUCCCACAGUGCUUCGCUGAUCUCUUUUUCUGUCUUUUCACCUUUUUUGUAGGCAAAUGACUCGAAAGUCGAUGUUCUCAUGUUUGUUAUCCAUCCUGCGACAUUGCCUCCUUUCGUUUCAUCCAAAUCGAGUGUGAUGCCGGUAAUUCGUCGUAAAAUGUAACUUUUUAAAUUUUUCUCGUACAUUUUUUGUACGUCGCUUUCGGAUGGGCCUCGUUGCGCAGUAUUGAUCACUUUUUGAAGAGCUGCCUCUAAAAUUUCUUUGCGGGAAAUUUCCUUCUUUAUUUGUUGAUUAAUUCGAAUCUUUUCUAUUUCCUGGUUUUCCAUAAAUUCGUGCAUUUCGACAAUGUUUUGAAGCUUUUCUUCAUAUUCUUCGUCUAUUUUUUUGUUUUGUAGAAUUUCUUGGAA